AUGUCCGAUUGGCAAGAGGAAUGGGCUUUUAUCCCAUUUUUCGAGACUAUCAUUACAACGUCCCUACUAAUUGGACGUCUCCGUUUUGAUAACUGGCCUUAUGACUUCAUCUCAGACGGUGAUAUCAAGACAGGAAGACGUCCAUCGGAAAGGGGACGAUACUCUGCUCAGGUCGGCGAAAAGAAGGCAUCUCGAAACGCACCAUACAAAGGUUUCCAAGUUGGUCAACUGCUGGCAAUGCCAGAUGAUCUGCUCGCGCCUAUGGACAGGUCCAGUGACCAUGGUGAAUCUGAAGAGGAAUUUGAACCGAUUACUCCUCAUGUUCAUCGCCACUGUGAUCAAGGUGAAGAAGAAUACGAGCCGUCUCCUCGUUCUACCGCUCAUCUAUCCCAUACACUGAUGGACAAGAAGAACAAGCGUCUGGCUGAAGAUGAUCUCCAUCAGACAACUGUCAAACGGAUCAAUAAGCACGUGCAAAAGGUCUCACGUAAUAUGACCGACACACAGCUGGGCACAGCUGGACCACGAAAGCAGGUGACUAGCAUGGCUAAAACCCACGAUCAGAUCAUCCCGAAUUGA